UAAAACUCAUUUAAUUUUAAAAAUUAUUCUAUUCAAUUUGCUUACGACAAUGUGAGUCACACUUUGAUAAUAUCUGUCAGGUUUUUGCAUUGAGCUGAUCAACCGGUUAUCGAAGUUGCUGCAGUUCAAUUAUACGUUCGUGGAGCAGGUGGACGGGGACUACGGCAAGUUCGACAAUAAGACGAAGCAGUGGACGGGGAUGAUGAGACGGCUCAUGGACGAUCCCGUACGUAACUUUCAAUCUUGAUAAGUAAUCUAGUGCGUGAACAUUGAACAUGCUGUUAUGCCAUAGGUAAAGUUUAUAUUUAGUAACAGAAGGUCAAGCCUCAAAGACUAUAAUUCUAAGUAUUAUUAUGAGUGAAUAUCAUAACACCAGUGAAAACAUUUUAGGACAUCCACUUUGCCAUUACGGACCUGACGAUAACGGCGGAACGAGAGGAAGUAGUCGAUUUCACAACCACAUUUAUGAACCUCGGCAUCAGUAUCCUGUUCCGGCGGCCUCAACCUCCAGAGCCCGAGUUAUUCGCAUUUCUGCUGCCCUUCUCCAACGGGGUGUGGCUGUGCCUGGGCUUCGCAUACGUUGGCACUUCCCUGCUGCUGUACGUGGUGGGGCGGCUGUGCCCCGAGGAGUGGCAGAACCCGUACCCGUGCGUGGACGAACCUGUGGCGCUCGAGAACCAGUUCACGCUUGCCAACGCGCUCUGGUUUAACCUCGGCGCGAUCCUGCUGCAGGGAUCUGAGAUCGCACCCGUAGCGUAUGGUAGUCGGGCGGUGGCGAGCGUGUGGUGGAUAUUUGCGCUGGUGAUAACUAACGCGUACACAGCCAAUCUAGCCACGCUGUUAGCGAAGAAAACCUCCACGGAGCUGAUCCACAAUGUCGUCGAGCUCGCUAACAACGAGUUCGGUAUCACCUACGGCGCAAAGGCUGGCGGCUCCACCUACACCUUCUUCGAGCAUUCCCAGAGCCCGUUGUACCAGAAAAUGUUCCAGGAAAUGAGUAAACAAAAAAUGCCCAGUAACAACGAUAUUGGAAUUAACAAGGUGAUGACUGAAAACUAUGCCUUCUUGAUGGAGUCCACCAGCAUCGAGUACACAAUAGAACGGAACUGCGAGGUUACCAUGGUCGGUGAACCACUGGACAGCAAGGGAUAUGGAAUAGCAAUGAAGAAAAAUUCGACGUACCGGCACGAAAUGAAUUUGGCGCUGCUGAACCUCCAAGAGGCGGGCGUGCUGCGGGAAAUGAAACGGAAGUGGUGGAACGAGAAGCACGGGGGCGGCGCCUGCAAGGAGGUGGACGAACACGAAAGCUCUAAGCUGUCGAUGGCGAGCUUCCUGGGCCUGUUCCUGGUGCUGGUGGUGGGGUGCGCGCUGGGCGUGCUGCUCUCGUGCUGCGACCUGGCGCUGGCGGCGCGACGGCCGAGGGGGGCGCCCGCCUCCUUCCGCGCCAGGUUCUGGGACGAGCUGCGGUUCGUCUUCAGUUUCGAGAGAUCUGUCAAGCCCUUGCAGGGCCCUUUGAUCGAAGAUUCCCCGAGCGCGUCCGCCGCACAGUCGUCGUCGACGCGCGGCGAGCUCGAGGAGGAGGGCGAGGGCCCCGAGGAGGAGCGGAUGCGCUCCAUGUCCCUGCAGUCGGCGUGCGGGGCGGGGGCGGGGGCGGGGGCGGGGGCGGGGCGGCGCUGGUCGCGGCGGCGGUCGUCGAUGCACGCGGCCAGCGCGCGGCUGGCGCGGCACGCCUCCCGCCGCGAGCGCCGCUCCUCCUCCCCCGCGCACGCGCACGCUCACAGACACGACCCCGACGAAUCGAAAUAACCAGUGCUGUCUCUAUA